CUGAGGUGGGUGCCUGGGACCGGCUGAUACUCUCUCUUCCAUUCCCAACCCUUCAAGUGUUGUGUAAGCUACCCUGCUGCACCACAGCAUGACCACCAUCAAGGCCACAUACAACGUCAAGGUGGUGACUGGCAAAUUUAUCCACUCUGGCACCUUCGACUCAGUCUUUGUCUCCUUGGUGGGCACUGAUGGUGAGAGCCCCAAAACUGUACUAGACAACUGGGGCCCGGAUUUCUACCCAGGAGCGGCGAGAGAAUACAAAGUCACAUGUGAGUGUGACCUGGGAGAAAUUUUGCUCCUUCGCCUCUACAAAGAAGUUUUCAGUGAAACACUUUCAACCAGCUGGUACUGUAAUUCUGUCACAGUGACGUCCCCAAAAGGGAAGGACUACAGAUUUCCAUGCUAUCAGUGGAUCGAUGGCCCCGAGCCCCUGGAGCUAAGGGAAGGGACUGGGAAAACGCCUCUCAUGGAUAUUCUCCCCUUGCUCCAGCACCACCGGAAGAAAGAACUUCAGCACAGACAGUCUUCUUAUGAGUGGAAGGAGUUUGCUAAGGGCACCCCCCGCCACCUGGAUGUUGCAUCCGUUGAGGAACUGGACUCAAAUAUCAAAUUUUCAUUCAUCAGAGCAGCAUUGUUCAACAAGCGCUCUGAAGCCCAGAAGGUGGCGCUUAAACUGAGAGGGUAUUCCGAUAGACAAGAGUCAUGGGAGGAAUUGGAUGACAUCAAGGAGGUCUUCAAGUUCACUAAGACGGAAAUGUCUGAUUACGUCAUGGAGCACUGGAAGGAAGAUGUGUUCUUUGGGUACCAGUUUCUGAAUGGGCUGAACCCAACAAUGAUCCAGAAAUGCACAAAGAUCCCACCUAACUUCCCCGUGACCGAGGAGAUGGUUGCCAGAUCCCUUGGGGACUCCACCACUCUGCAGAAGGAGCUGGAGAAGGGGUCCAUUUUCAUUGUCGACUACCGCAUCCUGGAGGGGAUCUCCACAGGGUUGAAUAACGACCGCCAGCAAUAUGUAGCGGCUCCCUUGUGCUUGCUGCACCUCACAGCCCAGGAGCAGCUCAUGCCCCUCGCCAUUCAGCUUAGCCAGACUUCUGGCCCUGAGGUUCCUAUCUUCCUGCCGAGCGACCCUGAAUGGGACUGGAUCCUGGCCAAGACCUGGGUGCACAGUGCAGACUUCCAAGUACACCAGACCAUCACCCACCUGCUCCGAACACACCUGCUGGCAGAGGUGUUCGCCAUGGCCACUCUCCGCCAUCUUCCCAUGUGCCAUCCACUCUAUAAGCUCCUGAUUCCCCACAUGCAGUACACCUUUCACAUCAAUACUUUGGCCCGGGAGCGCCUCAUUUCAAAAGGUGGUGUCUUUGACAAAGCAAGUGGCAUCGGCUACCAAGGCUUGGUUGAGCUGCUGCAGAAGGACUUGAAGGCCCUGACGUAUUCCUCCCUCUGCCUCCCAGAGGACCUUGAGGCUCGUGGGGUGUCCUCGUUGCCCAAUUAUUACUACAAGGAUGACGGUCUGAAGAUCUGGGUGGCCGUAGAGAGCUUUGUCUCUCGCAUUGUUGACUUGUAUUAUACGAAGGACAGUGAUGUAUGGGAAGAUUUUGAGGUGCAAUCCUGGAUACAUGAAAUCUUCACUGAAGGCUUCCUGGAGCAAGAGUCAACUGGCAUCCCUUCCUUGUUUACUACCGUGAAAGAGCUCAAAAAGUUCCUCACUAUGGUUAUUUAUACCUGCUCGGCCCAGCACGCUGCUGUCAACAGUGGGCAGUUUGAUUUUGGUGCCUGGAUGCCCAACUUCCCCCCAUCCAUGAGGAAGCCCCCUCCGAUGGACAAGGGGAUGGCGAACUUAAAGGAUUACAAAGACACCCUCCCAGAGAUCAACACCACAUGCACUAUCCUGAGCACCCUGUGGCUGCUUAGUGCCAAACCCAUAGACAUGAUACCCCUGGGGAAAUACCCUGAUGAGCAUUUCACAGAGCCGGCACCAAAAAUGCUAAUUGCGGCCUUUGGGCAUGACCUACAGAAGAUUUCCACGGAAAUUAAGAAAAGGAAUGAGUCUCUCUCCAAUAAGCUCCCUGUUGGCUAUGAGUACCUGUACCCCCCUGAAAUAGAGAACAGUGUUUCUAUAUAAGUUCUAUGUGUUGGCAGCGACGGCAAAUCCAUUUCAGCACGGAGGGCUGUGCUGUUCUUCCGAGCUUUGUAUCAUGGCAUGUUGCAAGCUUUUGAGUGUACAUUCAAUUAGCAUGGGUUGCAUAGUUGCAGAUAGUAGAUAUUAGCCACAGGCUGAGGGGUGUGAAAGUGCCUCUGUAGUGGAUUCCCAGAUUAGCCUUCGCCAACCUGGUUCCCUCCAGACAUUUUGGACUACAACUCCCAUCAGCCCAAGUGUCAUAUGGCCAUUCUGUCUCAGUUUCAUAUGUCUGGGACUGUAUGGGAGUUGCCUGUCAAGAGUUAGCACCUGGUUAGCAGACUGAGCACACGGGUUACUUGGUCAAAGUCUUUAUCACUUGUGGAGGGGUUGAUUCUGAGGAGACAAAAGGCUGGCAGGUCCCUCCUCAAUCACUCCUCUGCUCAUCUUGAAGCCACCUGGAAGAACUGCUUUUUGCAUUAAUAAUAAAAGCUUCAGGGGAAAACUCUCAUCAGCCCAAGCAUCAUACAGUUGUGCUGGCUCAGACUAGUAGGAUUAAUUCUCUAAAACAUCUCAAUGGAGGGUACCAGGCUAGCAAAGGCUGCCAUAGGUUGAUUGAGAUCUGUAACACAAGCACUGCGGUGGGCAUUUUGACACCAAAUAGGCCUUUUGGGGGAUUUGAUUCAUAACUUAUCAUAACACUCAGGGAUGCAUCCUUUAUGAUGACUUCUUGGGAAACUACCUUAAUGUUGCUACAACAGAGCCAGUGUCAAGUAGUGUUUAGUGUCAGAUUAGGAACAGAGAGACCUGGAUCUCUGCCUAGCCAGUGCCUGGGUCUAGCAACCCUGAUCUCUCUGCGUGUGAUUUAAAAAUAAAUGCUAUACCAGGAGCUGCAUGAGUUGGCCCUCAGAUGCUGUGACUGUAUUUUCAGUUCUGCAUUACCAGUAGCAGCCUGCUGCAGGAAUUUCCCCUUCAUAAACCAUUUGUGUUGAACCUGGCUAUGUUUAGGCAUGCUCCUGUGUGGUUUUCUCUUCGUGUUACUUUUCACUCAGUGGGUAAAUAAACAGAUUUUGCAACAGGCGACCUAAGUCUCUCUGAUGGUGAAUCUCUCAUAUACUAAAAUCAUGCAAUACUGUCUCCAGAACUUCUCACCGCUUGGGAAGGGGGGACAGGGAGAAGUGACAAUAUAGGCUGUGUAAACACCAUAAAUUUAAAGCACGUGGGAACUGUAGUUAAGGGUGCUGGGAACUGUAGCUCUGCAGAGGUAAACUAUCAGAGUUGUCAGGGUACUUCCUGUUAGCAGUGUUGAUGACUCAGAGCAAGUGUUUUUAAGGGGGGGGAAAAGAGAAACUAAAUUUUACAAGGCCUAGAGAAGUCACAUGCUUGCUGAAACUUAUCAGUAAAAUACGUGCUUGUAAGCUGCUGUUGUAAUGGCUAACUUGGAAUCCAGAUAUGGGUGGAAAAACUAAUGUGCCGUGUGCAUAAGAGAUGGUGGGCAUAGUCAGAAGAUCGACCAGUGGAAAGGUGACAGGUUGGCACUAAGGGGCGAAUUAGAAUGUGCCAUGAAUUUUUGAUUGCAAUGUAUAAAAGUGUAGCACCCCCAUAAGGGGUAUGCUUGUUUUGUGAAUUAUCGCCUUGCACCUCUUUCUGGUCAGAACAAAAUAAAGCUUGUUGGACCCUUCAA